AUGGAAAGACUCUUGGAUCAAGAAACUAAUGAAAAGGUUGAUUCACAGGUCGAUGAGUUUAAGUACAAGAGAGGGUUGUUUGGAUAUAAUGCGGCUUUAACAUCAUACCUUAAACGGCCUCCGGAAGUUGAAGAGAAAGUUUGUCUCAAAGAAGAAGCUAGGAGUGAUGAUCCCUUAAUUGUUGAGGAAUUGCCAUCUGAUGAUGAAUGGUUAGCUGACCCAAGUAUCGAAGAUGAUGAGAAUAGUGAAGAAGUUGGAACCGAUGAAGUUGCAACAGACGUUGGAACAAGUGCGAGUUCUAGUUCAAAAAGGAGGAAAGGUGUUCAACUAAAUCUGGUUGAUGAAGAUGAUGAGCUCGAUGGUCAAAUGGAAGAUGAUGAUGACCUUGGUUUUUGUUGA